AUGGUUCGCGAAAUCCUUUCAGAGAACGGGCUGAAGGCAGAGGCAGGCAAGCUGGUUGAAGAGUAUGACACCCGAAUGCACGAUCGAAAGCAGGCUCUUUAUGGCCGUUGGGACGCUGAAGUAGCCCAGCGAGUGGAUCGUUGGUUGGGAAACUUUGAGGAAGUCCCCGAGUAUCAACGAAGAUCGUACAUCCUCAGGCACUACCGCCUUGAAGCUCCGCGAAUGCGUCACUUUUGGCUUCUGCACAACGAGUUUGGGAAUAUGUGGACCCAUUUGGUCGCUCUAGUUCUGACAUUGGCCAGAUUUGGCUCCUGGUUGCACUACGAGCUACAGGACUCUUCGUCCGGCCUCGCUUGGCCGCGGCAAAUCUACGCCGCGGGCGUGGUGAGUUUCUACUUCGCAAGCUUGCUCACUUUUGGAAUUUCUGUGAUGUAUCACUGGAGACAGUCUGGAAAGGAGCGGGAGGUGAAGUGUUGGCUUUGCCUUGACAUCUCCUGUUGUGCUUUGCUGCUGCUGGUGGGCUUCAUAGCCGGAGUUCCCAUGGGCUUUCAUUGCCAUCCAGAGCUUCAGAAGGGGUACAUGCUACAGGCAAUCACCGUGGCCCUUGCAGCUUUGGGUGCCUUUGCUUCUGAGAGUCACGCAACACGCGGGCACCGGUCCUCCCACACGCUGAUCCUUGGGGGCAUCAGUGCUUUGUGGCCAGCGCUACAUUGGCUGAUUUUGUCCACUGAGGGUCGUGAGGUGGGCUAG